GUUACCGACUCACGAUUUGUUUUUCUGUCAACUUUCAUAAAAAUUUAAUAUGUCUACGUUCGUGGCUCAGUUGUGUAGGCAGUGCGUGUGAAAUUUCUCCUUAAAACAAUUUCGACAGCAACUAUCAUCUCGGACGUAUUAUGUUUCAAAGAAAUUAGUGUACAAAUUCCCGUAGCAUUUGAAUCAUCAAGAAUCGAAAAAUUACCGAAGAAGGCCGUGUCAUGGGGAAGAAACGUCGCUUGAAUCGGUUCAUAUCCAAGUGGCUGAAGAGCGAUUUGCCGGAAGAGCGAUCCACGGUGCUCCUGCUCGGCGUCACCCGCAUACCGACGACGCCGGCGGCGGCGCGACGCCCCUGCUUGCUACCUACGGUGCCCGCCGUAGUCGGGGGACGACUGCACCGCCGCAACUCGUCCGGCGCCGGCAGCAGGAAGGGCGGGCUCGUCCGCAGGAAUUCUUCGAGGAAGACGGCCGACUGCCGACAUCUCCAACAGGUACAACCCGCGGACGACGCCAGCACCCCCGAAACUCCCACUCCGACGCCGUCACCAUCUAGCGGAAGAUGUACUGAACGUUCGUCGCCGACGAUCCUGGCAGCGACGCCACCCGUUAAAUGCGUCGCCAUCGUUAGCGACGUCUGGAAGCCGCUUGUAGCCGACGCCAUGGAGCGUUCCGUCGACUCGAUCGGUACGUGCUCGCUGGACGUCGACGCUUCGGCUGAUCUAUCAGAAUUCAAACAAUUGUUCCCAGUGAAGCGAGUAAGCUACGAGAGCAAGAGCGUGACUGCGAUAAACGGGCAGACCAAGUGCUUGUCCGAGACCAGCGGGGGACAAGAGUUCCGCAACGGCCAGGAGACAAAGUCGUUCAUCCAGCAGCGCGUCGAGCGCCUCUAUGGUCCCGGGGCGCUCGCCCAGGGCUUCUUCAAGCCGCAGAAGAAGCGAGUCAGCGACUGCGAUGAAAAGCCCCCCUCUCCGGUGGUCAAGUUCGACGUUUCGGAACCGGCGAUGCGGCAGAGCACGAGUAGUCCGACGCUGCCCGUUCUGAGGCAUCUCCGUCCCGAGUUUAGGGCGCAGCUGCCGUUUAUGAGUCCAAAGAGGGGGUCCCUAGAGGGGGCGAUGCAGAAGAGCGUUACGGUGCCGACGCUGCUGAAGAAGGAGGCGAACGGGGAGGAGGAAUGCGCCGGAAGGAAGGAGGAGACUAACGGACACGUUGGGGAGGGGGUCCAAGGAGAAGCAGACUUCAUGAACAUUUUUCAGAGUGUCGGAGAGUCGUUUCCCACAACCAACGAGGACUUGCAAGGCUUCUGGGACAUGGUUAUGCUACAGGUCGACCAAGUGGACGCCAUAUUCCAGGAGAUUGAAGACCUCAAAGCGAAUGGCUGGCGAGAGCCGGUGGCUGCCUCCCCUCCAGUCAAAACCGCCAACGGGACCGCUUCGAAACCGAGGAAAGUGGUCGCUCGUCCCUCCAACAAGCCCAGUUCAGCGGCCAGCGAAGAGGCUCGCAAACAGAGGGAAGCCCAAAGAAGGAAAAUGAUCGAAGACAGGCGCAAGGCAAUGAAAAUAGCCCAACAGAACGAACCCCGUAUUGAAAUUUACGUGCCCGACGCUACCAGCUGAGACCCGCAGGGCGACUAGGUAGUUUUUUUUUGGAAUUGAUUCGAUCUUCGAAGGUUAGACGACGAAAUUCACAGCGCUACGGUUUUUUUAUAUACUUUUUCUUGUUUUUUAUACUCUCACAUUUACACUUUAUAUCUGUAAAUCUUUUGCCUAAUCCCUAAUGAAUGAAAGGUUAUACUAUUUGUAAUAAAACAGUUUUACUAAUCAAUUAAUUGUCUUUCCUAGAACAUCGUUUUAUACAAGUAAAAUGUAAGGGGCCCCGGAUCGGGUUCUUGCGGUACGCCCGGUCGGGGUGAAGUUUGUUGUACAAAGACUGAGUAAUGAAACAAAACCGACGACGUUUAUUACCAGUAACCAAAAAAAAAAAAGAUGGAGUAAUAUGACAUACUAAAAAAAUAUAUACAUUCCCAGUGCUUUGAUAACAGCUGGUGUGUUUUUUUGUACGAACAGUUUUUUAUGGAUUUGCUUCCUAGUUUGUUGUAAGGCUGGCGGAAUUUUCAAAACGUACUGCUCGACUGGAGUUCUUCGACUGGAUCUCUACUGAGAAAUUGACAGGGUAUAUGUUGAAGUUGUAACUAUAUUUGCCAUUAAUUUGGGUGGUUCGGAGUAUACAUUAAAUAUUAUUGAUCAAAGGUGACGUUAAUUUUGAUAAUUCAGAAAUUUUAAUUUUUUAAGAAAUUGCAGUUUUUGGAAAAAUGAAAAAUACAUUUUUCCAAAAUAAUUGCCAUCUGCAGAAAAAAUAUUUUAAACUAUUUUAAACAAUUAUUGUAAUUAAAACACCUUCAAGGUGUGUGAAGGUGAGAUCUAUUUUAAAGCCGCUUCGUUUUUACAGUAAUCUCAAAAUUUCAAGGCUGAUUUUUCUGCCUAAUAGUUGAAGUGGCUGUUCAGGUGCUUACUUGCUACUCGCUUAAUUUUGUUCAAAGUGAAGCCCAAACGAUGCUUGAAAAUAAUCUUCUGAAGGCUAUCGCUGUGCUCUCUAGAUUUCACUUUUUAGGUAAAGGACGGUAAAUCUGGUGACAGGCAUUUGGUGCUACCCCUUCACUCAGUCAAAAUGCCUUGGAAACUGUUGGUCUGAAUCAAUAAUAUCAUAAAGGUCAUUUGAUGAGUCAACAAUCUAUGAUCCUCAGUAUUCAGAUCAUUUUCAACCCACAGCACUGGGUUGGGAGGUGGGAAAGCACCAAAUGGCUUCCAUACCCACCAGAUUUGUUGCUCCUUGUUAUUUGAAAAUUAUUGAUAGAUGGGGGUCUGUCGAAACUGUUUUACUUAUUUUCAGAGGUGACUAUUAUCUGUAUGGUGCUCGGUUUAAUAAUAUAUGUGAUAACAAGUUUUUAUUGGUUACUGUCGAAUUACGAAGGUCGAGUGUGUGGUUUUGUCGGACACCAGCGCAUGUUGUAUAUUAUUAAACGGAGAUUUAUAAUAGUCUAUGAUUGGGUUCAUUAUGCAUAUGUUGUAUUUUAUAAGGCUAGUUGUUUAAGCGAGAGUCGAGAACGUUCUAAAAGUUCUUUCGAUCAAGCAUUUUUCAAGAGUGAUUGUUUGUCAGCAUCAAAUUUGAAGGCUCCUUGGCAGAUUUUUAUUUUUUAAAAUCCACUGAAACUUUGAGAACGUUUUCUGUCGGACAUAUUGAAAUAAACGAAUGACAAAGAUAUAUUAUGGAUAUUUAUUUAUUGCUCCUUCUUAUUUGGGGGGUCGGAGCCUUAAAUUUUUUUACUCUUAUUUAUUUUAUUAUAUUCAUUAACUUCAAUAAAUAAAUUAUUUACACUGGA